AUGUCGCUCUUCAGAGAGCGGAGACUCAGGUUACUGGUGCUGGCGGUCCUUGUACCGCUAACGUACACUCUAGAAGAUGAUUCGUUCUCCCAUGGAUGGGAGGAUCCGCCCAGAGAUGCCCCCGUCGGUCACAAUGAGCGAGCGGGUUUGCCUCCGGUUAUGAUUCAUGACCAUUCUAUCAGAGAAGAGCCGGAUCACCGUCAUGGAUUCGAUGCUGAAGUCAAGCCCACAGGAGACGUCGAAGGUCAAGAAUCUGAUUACGCUGAGACGGCUGAGGACGCUUUUGAGGAGAACGAAUUCGACCUCUGGAACCACGACGAGGGUGACGAUGACUUUGAUGAAGUCGUAGAUGACCCGCACGGCCAUGACGGGCAUUCUGCGCACAAGCAUGACAAUGAGGUAGUAGAGGGUGAUGACCUCCGCCAUGAGGAACCGGUUGGCUACCGUCAGCCAGACGGACAGGAGAUGGACUCUGAUGGAGGCGUCGAGGAGCACGAUCAUCACGACCGGGAAUACACGGAUUUCGGCACAAGGACCUGUUCCCACGGGAAGUGUGAGCAACCCGACGACUACGAUGAGCACUACGACGACGGAGACAGCUACUACGACGAUGCGCGGGGUUCCUUCGACGACGAGGUCGCCGUCGGACACGAUUACGGGCUCUCUCGCGACAGCGACAACACUAUUGGAUAUCACGCACAUCGACACGAAUUCGAAGAAGGGAAAGAUGAUUUCGGCGCUCUCGAUGGCUUCCACGCAACGAACCGCGACGAGAAUGAGGAUCACGAGAGCCAUUACGACGAGGAUGCGGAGGUCCAGGAUGCCAUCCACCGAGUCCUCGAUCACUACGAAGCAGUAGAUUCAGAAUGCGCGAUAUGUCUAUCAAAGAAAACGAUGUCAACAUAUGACUACACACCGGCUCAACCCGCCCCGCCGAGAGGCGCUGUGCCAACAAAUAUCGAGGAGGGAGUUGAUCCCUAUCGAUUGACAUCCGCUGGUGCCGCCGGCAUCGUAGACUCUGCUCUUCCGGAGCCACAAGCAGUCCCAGCUGCAGCCGAUGUGGCGAUCGGUGUCCAAGAGCGCGGAGCUCUGUCCGGAAAGAAAAAGAUCGUGUUCCAGGAAGCCACCGGGAACCAUGUGAAAUAUCUCUCCGUUGUCAAGUUGCUUGAGGAAUACAUAAAAAGGACUCGUUUCCUGAAAUUGCGAUUCCAACCGAAAGAGUAUUUCGUGCGACAGCAGGCUUGCAUGGUGGGCUUCCUCUUCCACGUUCGGAUGAGAAAGCAAAGAUUAGGAUACGAAGAUAUUCGAGAGCUUUUCGUCAAUCUGUUCGACCUCUCUGACUCUUGUAUGGAUGGAAUCCCGAAGUCGGCAGGCAUCAUGCUGCUCCGACUCAUCGAAAGGCUGCUAGUCAUAAUGGGAGACAUCGCUGCCCUCAUCGAGCUCAAAUCAAAUCAGAGAGCAACAAACUGGACUUCGCUUGCGAAUAAUUGUCGAUCAGCAAGUAGUAUUCCCAUCCCGGAGCCUAACUUCGAAAGCAUGAUGCCGGAGACGAAUUUAUUCGUCACCACCGCGAUUCUUGGCCACGGCGGAUUCGGCGUGGUGACGAAAGCCGUUUUCGGAGGCGUUCUGGAGGUGGCCGUCAAAAUGGUUCCUCUGGAUAAACAGGUCCAGCCCAAAUACGCAGCUGUGGACAAGGUUACAGCGUGUUUGGUGAGCCAUCCGCUGGUCAUGAAAUACCUCUGCACGUUCCGAUGCUCCAUCGCGCACGUAACCGUCAUGGAGCUCGUCCACGCAGUUGAUCUAUUACACGUUGUCAAGGAAUAUUCAAAACCGCAGCGUUUGCCUCCGAAAGUUAUACGUCAUGUAAUCGCUCAGUUAUGCUUAGCGAUCUCCCAUCUACACUUUAAGGGGUUCAUCCACCGAGAUAUAAAGCCCUCGAACGUUAUGAUCACUCGAGGCUGCCGUAUCAAACUUUUCGAUUUCGAUACGGUUAAAAUCGGAAUGGGAAAGUUCUCCAAUAGACCGAUGCGCAACUUUUACGUCAGGACGGCAACAGAGUUCAUCGACAGGGAAACCGCUGGAACUAUUCACUUUUUUCCGCCGGAGGUCCUCAUGAAAAAACGAUAUGGACGCUGCAUCGACUGGUGGGCUCUGGGGAUCACUUUAUUCGAGAUGGCCUUCGGGUACCUACCGUUUCGGUCGAGCGACCGAGUCGUGCUCAAAGAGCUCAUCAAGGAAGGUAGUCACUCUUUUCCAAAGGAUGCCCAAUUGGAAUCGCCAGAGGUCGAUUUCAUCGAGAGAUGCCUGCAGAAGAAUCCUCUGAAGAGACUCUGUUCGGGUGACUACACUGAGUUCCGCGCGCACCAGUAUCUAAGAGACACGAACUGGCGCGAGGUCGAGGUCAGCACCGUGAUCGACUGGUCAGGAAUAGAUACCCUCAUGAGGAGACAGAAUAAAGCGAAGAAAGACAAAAAAUUCCAGACCAGCAAGUUGGCGAGCAUGCCCCGUAUCGAGGAUACUUCCAACGAUCCAGAAAGUCCGCCGCUGUAUACAUUUACGUCAAGGAAUUUCUUGCAUAUAUUGAACAGACUCCGUGUUUUAUUAGCGGUCAAAACAGAAGAGCCUCUGGAGCUCGUGUCUUUGGACGUGGCUCAGAAAUAUCGUUUCAGAGACUUUCUAUUAUGA